UUGACUUUCUACCUCCUAUUUUACCAAACACGCCCCUAAUUUCUUCAUCUCUCUCUUCGGAUCUCCUUCAUCUUCGUCGAUUUCCCCUGUAUUUAACUGAGUACUUUCACUAUCACUGGAAUGGUGUUUUAAUCUCAAUUUCUGUUCCGGAAGUAAGAAUUUUGUUUUGCAAUCAUGUCAGGGCAAAAUGAAUCGAGGAUCCGACCCAGCGGCAGGGCAGCAGUAGUGGUUCUCGGCGAUAUUGGACGUAGCCCUCGUAUGCAAUAUCAUGCUCUUUCCCUUGCUCGUCAGGCUCAUCUAGAGGUCGACAUUGUUGCAUAUGGAGGUUCGGACCCUCAUUCUGCUGUAAAAGAGCAUAAAUCUAUUCACAUCAAUGAAAUGACACAGUGGCCAUCAAACCCCAGAAGUUUUCCAAAGAUACUCCAUCCUUUAUUGCUCAUACUUAAGCCACUGGUCCAGUUUUUUAUGCUUCUAUGGUAUCUCUGUGUUAAAAUUCCGAAGCCGGAUGUUUUCAUAGUUCAGAAUCCACCAUCUGUUCCUACACUGGUUGCUGUAAAAUUGGCCAGUUGGAUUAGACGUUCUGCGUUCAUUAUAGAUUGGCAUAACUUUGGAUAUACUCUUCUAGCAUUGUCUCUCGGGAGAAAUAGUCGGUUUGUGGCUUUAUAUCAUUGGAUUGAGAAGCAUUUUGGGAAAAUGGCUAAUGGUUCCUUAUGUGUGACAAAGGCAAUGCAACAUGAAUUGGCUCAAAACUGGGGAAUCAGUGCCACUGUUCUAUAUGACCAACCUCCUGAUUUUUUUCAACCUGCUUCCCUUGAGGAGAAGCACAAGUUGUUUUGUGGGAUUGAUAAGAGUCUGAGAACACCUUACAGCCUUCAAGACUGUCUUAGCAAUGAGGUACUAACACUAGACGAUGACAAUCCUAAUGUAACUCUAUUUACAACUCAGACUGGCACAGAUAUUUCCUUGAAGUGGAACAGACCAGCGCUCAUUGUAAGCAGUACAAGCUGGACUCCGGAUGAAGAUUUUAGCAUUCUCUUAGAAGCAGCACUAAUGUAUGAUAGAAGGGUUUCUGCAUUGCUGAACGAGGAUGACUUGAAGAGGGAGGAUGUUUUCUGGCAGGAAAUCAAGGGUGGGAAGCAAUACCCUAGAUUAUUAUUUAUAAUUACAGGUAAAGGGCCUGAAAAGGAAAAAUAUGAACAAAAGAUGGCAAAACUCAACCUUAAACGUGUAGCAUUUCGUACUAUGUGGUUGGAGCCAGAGGAUUACCCAUUGCUUCUUGGAUCAGCAGAUCUUGGUGUUUGCUUGCAUACGUCCUCUUCAGGGUUGGAUCUUCCAAUGAAGGUUGUGGAUAUGUUUGGCUGUGGAUUACCAGUCUGUGCUGUUUCCUACUCUUGUAUCAACGAGCUGGUCGAAGUUGACAAGAAUGGCCUACUCUUCUCUUCAUCCUCGGAACUGGCUGAUCAAUUUGUGAUGCUGUUUAAAGGAUUCCCAGGUGAAUGUGAUGAGUUGAAGUCGCUGAGACAGGGAGUAUUGGCAAGCAGAUCUUCUGUUAAUUGGGCAACAGAGUGGGAAGCAAACGCCAAACCCCUAAUAUCCAAGGUUAUUUUUGACAACUCGAGCUGAUUUUGAAGCAAAGAUUUCAGAACUCUGGUGUCAACUACCCCACAGAUCUGAGGAAUUUCGGAAAUUAUAUGCUCAUCUAGUGUCACACUGCAAGCCGAGGGUCCCUGCUACUCUCCCCCGCCCCUUCCCAGGCUCCACAGAGAAACCAAUUUUUGCGGCUCUAUUAGGAUCAUUAGUCAAUAGUCACAGAUUUCUGUUUUGGGUUUUGUGAUAACUGAAGUUGUACAGCUCUAGAAGUGGCCAUAGCACUAUUGAGGACUCACUUGCCUUUUACCUCUCUUAGUAGU